UUUCGGGCGAGCAGAGCAAGAAAACCCGUGAAUAGUCGACCGAGCACAUCGGCAUCACCACCAUUCUUCAGCAAGUUUGCGACACAGGCAACCGCCCAUAAUGUCCAGCAUAACCAUAACCUCGACCUCUUCUCCCGCCGCCGCCGCCGCCGCGGGGGACAAGCAGCAGCAGCAGCAGCAACACGCCUCCCGUCUCACAACACCCAGCAAAGCCCUGCCGCCCAACACGACCCGCGCGCUCCUCCACUUCGCCGUCCCGCCUUGUCGGCUCGGCCACGACCCCGCGCGGUACCUGGACCCGGAGGUCGGGCCGUCGUGGCCGCUCGAGGCGCACGACGUGGGGCUGUACGAUCUCCGGUCCGAGCUCGAUGGCUGCUCUUCAUCGUCAUCGUCGUCGUCGUCGUCUUCGGUGCCCACAAAGACGGUGAUGGAGCAGCUCGAGACGCGCGGGUUCGGGGCGCUCAGGCACAAGAGCGGUGCCCUGGGCAGUCUGGCGGAGCAGGAUGUCUGGAACGCGGCGUAUCUCGAAGAAACGAAAGACCUAAUCAAAACCCACCUCGGCGCCACCGACGUCUUCAUCUGGAACUCCGUCACCCGCUCCUCCUCGCCGAGCACACACACGCCCUAUACGCCGUCCACGUCGGCAAACUUCCAGACCACGGCCAUCAAGGGCCUGCAGUUCGGCACCGCGACGGUCCGGCCCACCGCCUCGGGGGCGCACGUGGACCAGGACGCGCCCAACUCGCGGCGCAUGUGCCGCGGCGCCGCCGGCGGGGACUGCUUCGAGAGGUACCGCCGCGUGCAGCAGAUCAACCUGUGGCGCCCGCUCAGGGGUCCCGUGCGGGAGAAGCCGCUGGCCGUGUGCGACGGGGGCAGCGUGCGGGCGGAGAGUAAAGGGAUUCACUGCGGUUUGUUUGGGACGAGAGUUACGUUGCAUCAUGAUGACUCGCAGAAGUGGUACUACAUCAAGCACCAGCAGCCAGACGAGUGCCUGCUGCUCAAGAUCUACGACUCGGCCGCCGAGCUGGGGGGCCAUGCCGCCGAGUACGCCCCGCACACGGGCGUCGACGACUUGUACGGCGCCGACGACGACCUCGAGAACCCAGCCACGGAGAAGGAGGCGAGGGAGAGCAUCGAGGUGCGGAUCGUGGCUUGUUAUGCUUGAGUAGCCUUUUUUUUAUACCUUUCUUUUUUCUGUUACUUUCACUGCCUGGGACAGUUGCACUGUCCGAGUCCCGCUGGGCUGGGGAAGUGAACGGGACCAUAAUGUUGGUGGUUGACUUCUCAACACGGCACCCAAACCCAUUGUUUUGGUUGGGAUAAAUAAUA